UCAGCAGCGGGUCACGUGGUGGGGCGGAAGCGUUUAUGUGAGCCAUGCUGAAUCCCGCGCGGGCGCAGCCAUUUGCUCUCUUCCUCGAUCACUUCAACACCGAGUGACUGCAGCACAAAGACCAACACACACUCACAGUACAGCGAUGGCGGAGAACGAGCCACAAGUUCAGUUUAAGCUGGUUCUGGUAGGUGAUGGAGGUACGGGGAAAACCACCUUCGUGAAGAGACACUUGACUGGGGAAUUUGAAAAGAAAUAUGUUGCUACACUUGGAGUUGAGGUACAUCCCCUGGUCUUCCACACUAACAGAGGAGCCAUCAAAUAUAAUGUAUGGGACACAGCCGGACAAGAGAAGUUCGGUGGCCUGAGAGAUGGCUAUUACAUCCAGGCUCAGUGUGCAAUCAUCAUGUUUGAUGUAACUUCUCGAGUCACCUAAAAUGUGCCCAACUGGCAUCGUGACUUGGUGCGCGUGUGCGAGAACAUUCCCAUAGUGCUUUGUGGUAACAAAGUGGACAUCAAGGACAGGAAGGUCAAAGCAAAGAGCAUCGUGUUCCACCGUAAGAAGAAUCUACAGUACUAUGACAUCUCUGCCAAGAGUAAUUAUAACUUUGAGAAGCCCUUCCUGUGGCUCGCACGGAAGCUGAUUGGAGAUCCCAAUCUGGAGUUUGUGGAAAUGCCUGCGCUUGCACCACCUGAAAUUGCUAUGGACCCAACACUUGCUGCACAGUAUGAGCACGACUUGAAAGUGGCAUCAGAAACAGCUCUCCCAGAUGAAGAUGACGACCUUUAACCUGUUAGCCUCUGACCUCAUGGCGAUGUCACUGAUGUUUCCCUGGUGACUGGUCCUUCCCCUGCCCCUUUUACUGUACAACCCUCCCUCCCCCCAGCGCAGAAUAUUUUUAUUUUUCAAUUUUCGGUUUGUUUUGUGUUUUGAAUUUGAGUAAAUUGUGUGGUUCAUUUCAUUGUAGACAUGCUAACUGUUUCCACCAGAUACACACAUGCAGACAUGCCUACACUUUGACACAUUCGCUCACUCAAAGGUGUGAGAGCAGGCUGAGUGUCCCCAGUGCUUACUUCUAUAUGUAAAGCUCUAAGCACUUAGAGGAAUUCUUGGAAUAAAAACAUUCUCAAUAUAAUCAUGCUUGGUUUCCACAGUUUAUUUGACUUGUAUUUAAUGUCACUGAAAAUAAAACUAUUGGUUUGGUA